GCUUUAUGACGUCAGAAUUCAUAACGCUGUUGCUACGUAAAUCACGUCGCUGGAAAGUACGGCUCAACACCAAAAGCGCACCGUCGUUAAACUAGCCAAAUUGUGUAGUCAAGAAAACAUGACUUACCAGUAAUAUUCAUUUUAAUUGCAAUGAGCAUACCAUGCAAACUCGGGCAUUCGGUUGGUUCUCAGGCUGGAAUGGUCAACAUGCGGAUGAUAGGCCAGUACAUAGUUGACCUUCUGGAGAAAUGUUACGAGAUUCAGUCUGCGUACCGGACGUGUCAGGAGGAUCUGAAGCAGGGUCGGGAGCUCCAGGCGCAGAGCGAGCGCUCCAUGGACGCCUUGGGGAGCACCGUGGAGAAAUUUCGGUGCGCCAUGGAUCGGAUGGGUGUGAGCAUGCUGCAGGAUAACGUCACACUUGCCAAGAUGCAUCUGCAGAUCGACACACUGAGACGCGAGAUAGCGGAAAAGAAGUUACGGCUAGAGUGGCGCGCUCUGGAGGUCCCCAAGUACCAGGACACUGGUGAGCGCAUCCGGGACCUCCGCAAGGGAAGGGAGCGUCUGGAGCUGCAACUGACAAGGGUCAACAACGACGUCGACACGCAGUAUGAGGAGCUCUUCGACGCGCAGGAGAGGCUCUCAGCGCUAAAGGCGCAAAGGGAAGCGAACCAGAUGGGGAGAGAGCGCCAUCUAACGGAGCUUAAGGAGCAAACCCGGAAUCUUGAUGCACAGAAGAAGGCCAUCUUGUCUGUGGAUUCGGGAUCACUUAACAUGUCAGAACUGUACGUGAAUCCCGCUGAUGCCAGGCGCAUCGAGACGGAAUUAGAAAACCUACGUCACCAGCAAGUCCUUGCGAGCCGUCACAUUCAGCAACAGACCGAGGACCGGAUCUUCCUGAGAGAGACGGCGGCUCAGAUACGACAGCGAGUGGCGGCUCUUGAAGCUCAGGUUCGCAAAGAAUCCGGCGACCACCGGUUGCUGUCGGUCCUCACUCGGGAGCCGAACUGGUAUCCGGAUAUGACGUCACCGAGCCUCUGGUACUCGUCACCACCACUGUCUCUCGAGCAACUUCGGUGGAUGCGGGAUCGCCAACAUAGAACCAGCGUUCCCGUUCCGGAAACAGUUAAAAUCGAUGACAUUGGCGCUUCAACGAGUUAUAUUUCCAAUUCACUCGUCAUAGACAUAAGUAAAGACAGCAGCAGCGUUGUAUAAUAUAACAUGUUUUACCUUGGUAAAGGUAAUUUAUUGUAAUUUAAUUAUAUUUCCGUUAGUUAAACUGCUUUUUAUUAACGUCCUGUUUGUUUUAUUAAUGUAUGAUUUUUUUCCAUUUUAAACAGUAAAUUGCAGAGCAUGCCUGUGGUGUCAAAAUGCAGAUUUUAAAUAUCGAAAAUCUCAAA